AUAUAAUAAAAAUGGACACCCUAGAUUACAUAUUGCUGCUCAGUGCUUCACUUGUAGCUAACAUGAUUUUCAUGCUUGUGGUGCCCUUUUUGCCACUCGAGUUCAGCCGAUUUAAUAUCAGCGAAACCACUUUCGGGAUUAUCUUUUCGAUGCACCCGUUUUCUUCGAUGAUUGGAUCAAUCAUAAGCGGAAGAAUUAUGGGUCUUCUAGGGAGAAAGCUCACACUGACUGUUGGGAGCCUAGUAAUGGGAUUAUGAAUGGUGCUAUUCUCAUCAGCAAGUUACCUUGAAAACUCAACUGUUGUUGUUGGAUGCUGUAUCUUCUCAAGAGCAAUACAAGGAUUUUCUUCAAGCAUGAUUCAAACACCCUCUUAUGCAAUCAUAUCCAUCUGUUAUCGAGAAAAUAAGCAAAAAUAUUUGGGCUAUUACGAGACUUCGCAGGGACUAGGAUGUGUUAUUGGGCCAGUAUUUGGUGGUAUCUUGUAUGCAUUCUUUGGCUUCAAUAUUACAUUCUACUCUCUUGGUGGAAUUCUAAUUAGUCUUUCCAUAAUAUUGCACUUUAAUUUGCCGAACUCCUUAAAUGAGACUGAUGAAACACUUCUUGAAGUUAGUCAGCCUCGAAGUGAUUCUCCUCUAAGCCCACAUACUCCACCUGUAAAGGUGAGUUAUGCUCAGUUGUUCAACAGCAGGAUAUUUUCUCUAUCAGCGGUAGCUGUUGUGUUAACCCUAAUUACUUACUCUUACUAUAUGCCUGUAAUUCCUCUCGAACUCAGAGAAAUUGGUUUAUCAGACGUUGAAGUAUCCUUAUUUUUCCUUGCAUCCUCUGCUGGCUACCUUGUCUGAAGUAUGCUCUUUGUUCCUUAUUUUAUCGUCAAGCUUGAUCAGAGAGCGUUCAUUGCCUUCGCUCUUCUUUUUGAUGGUAGAGACCAACUUUUGAUAGACCCAGUCUUUCCUAUCCCAAGAAAUCUGACCGUUAUGAUAAUAGGACAAUUCAUUGUUGGAGUAUUCUGAAUGUGCCUAAUGGUAUCUUUACUAACAGUAAUGAUAAAUGAAUCAGAGUCAAGAUUUCCAGAGCAAAAAGCCUAUGCAACAGACUUUUCUUCAGGAACCUUUAAUGCAGCAUUGCAAUUAGGCCAAACUAUUGGACCAGUAUUUGCAAGUUUUAUUUCAUCACAUUAUUGACUUUCUACAGCUUGUAAAAUUGUAUGCUUAGUAACGGUUCUAUUCUCGUUUAUCUACGGAUACUUCUGCAUAGAUUUCUCCCUUUAUUCCAAAACAUGUGAGUCAAAAAUAAAAGAGAUUGAUCCUGAAACCAAUGGAACAAAUAGAGCUUUGAAAACUUAA